AUGUUAGUUAAAGUAUCAAUUCACGGACAAGAGUAUGAUUUAGAAGUUCAACCAACUGAUAAAAUUCAAGAAAUCAAAUCAAAAAUUAAUGAACUAAAUGGAACACCUGUUGAACAAAUCCAUCCAUAUAUUGCAGGACAUGCAAUGAAAGAUGGUACUACAAUUUCAGAUUAUCCUCAAAUUGUAGAAGGAUCAAAAAUUCAAGUUAGAGUCAUACUCAAAUCACAAUCUGACAAUUCUGAAAAAUCAGAAAAAUCAGGAAAAUCUGAAAAGGAUUGUAUUUUAAUGUAA